AUGUCCGCAUCUUCUGCCCCCGGGGAUUCGUCUCCCGAGACCAUCCGCAUCCUCACACUCAACUGCUGGGGCCUCAAAUACAUCGCCAAAUACCGCUACCAGCGACUCUCGGAGAUCGGUCGCCAGCUGGCUCUGGCAGACCCUCCGCCGGAAAUUGUCGGGCUCCAGGAGUGCUGGACACAGCAGGACUACGAGAGCAUCCGCCAGCAGACGCGACACCUGCUGCCGUACGGGAAGUUCUACUUCGGCGGUAUCUGGGGCGCGGGGCUCGCCAUCCUGUCGAAGUGGCCCAUCGAAGAAAGCAGCAUGCACGCAUACCCGCUGAACGGCCGCCCGACGGCCUUCUUCCGUGGCGACUGGUACGUCGGGAAGGGCGUGGCCUGCGCGCGCAUCCGCUUCGGCGCACACCCCGUGCACGACGUCGCCGAGGUGUUCUGCACGCACCUGCACGCCCCCUACGAGAAGGAACCCAACGACUCGUACAUAUGCCACCGCACCGCGCAGGCGUGGGAGAUCGCCAAGCUGAUGCGCGGCGCCGCCGACCGCGGCCACCUCGUCAUCGGGCUGGGCGACUUCAACAUGCUGCCCUCGGUCAUCCACCCGGACUCGUCCGUCGGCGCCGCCAUUGACCCCGUCGAGAAGAAGCGAAACCGCCCCGUUCCCUCCGCCGAGUUUAAUCUGCGCGUCAACGGCGCCACCUGCGACGGCCGCUUCAAUACCUGGCGUUGGGAGAAGGCUGAGCGGAAGCGGCUUGCCCGCGGCGAAGACGUCACCGUCGACCCGGACGCGCCGUGUCCGCGCGGCAAACGCCUCGAUUAUAUCUUCGUCGGCCCGUCGCGUUGGGCCGUCGACGACGUCCGCAUCGCCAUGACCCAGCGCCAUCCCACGCUCAAGUGCUCGCUCAGCGACCAUUUCGCCGUGGAGGCGGUCAUCUCGCGGCCGCUGACCUCGACAGAGAGUGCGGAUGUGGUGGAGAGAGGCGCCGGACUGGGCCCCGAAACCUACGACCGCAUCCUUGACAUGAUCCACAGCUAUGUCCGCCGGGAGCGGUCGCAGCGGCGCUGGCGCCUCACACACUUCCUCCUCUCCGUGGUCGUAUCGAUCGGCUGUCUGGUGGGCGUGUGGUGGACCGGCGACCAUCUGCCCUACGUGGCGUUCAUUCUGAUGCUGGUGAGCACGCUGGGUUUUGGCGCGGGGAUCCUGGAUGGCUUGAUUGGGGGACUGUUCGUGUCGAGUGAGCUGCGGGCGUUGAAAGAGUUUGAAUGGGAGGUGCGUAAUGCGAAGCAGGUGGUUGAGCGGGCUCAGCAGUAA